UUCUUGUUUCCGGUCCGGUCUUCUCUUCUUUCUUUUUAAGGUAGUCGUGGCUAUGCCCCAUUGUAGCCGUUGGAAAUGACGGUUCCCCUCCUUCCUUUAGAUUCCAACAACAAACUACUUUUUUGAAGCCACCCAAAAAGAAAAAAUAAUAAUCCAAAACAUGGGUCCCGAUCAUAGAACAAAACAAUUAAUCACCGUCCCAGAUAAUGAAUGUGUUUAACAAAAGAAAAAGUAGUUAAUGAACAAUGAUUUUGUCUGCAUUUUGUAACCCAACCGCCACGAAACUCGUCCCAUGUCUGUUCUUCACUUGUGAUCUUCCUGAAAAUGUCCUCUUAUGAAUUUUCCAACUGCGCCUAAAAACAGAGGAUCCUGCUUCUUCAGGGUGUUUCCGCGUUUGUCUUAUUGAAUCCGUUCACGCUCAUUUGGAACCUGCAAGAAGUAACUAUAAGUGAACCUGUACAAUGGUUGAGACUAGCACGGCGUCUCCCAUGGCGGAGGCUGAUAUAACAGCAAUGAAGGAAACACUCCGAGCCCAACAAAUUCUUCUGCAGCAGCUACAUGCAGAGUUGGAUCAGGAAAGAGAAGCCUCUGCUACUGCAGCCAGCGAAGCUAUGGACAUGAUACUUCGUCUGCAAGGCGAAAAGGCUGCCGUGAAGAUGGAGGCAAGUCACUACAAGAGAAUGGCAGAGGAGAAGAUAGGUCAUGCUGAGGAAACUCUUGAAGUCUUUGAAGAGCUUAUGUAUCAGAAGGAGAUGGAAACCACUGCUCUUGAGUUCCAAGUCUUGGCUUACAAACAGAAGCUUCUGGCAUUGGGAGUAGAUAUCAAUCUCAGUGAGCUUGAAUUCCCUGAUGAUCUUCUUCUUAAUAGAAGUGAACAAAAUGGAGAAGAUGAUCAAAGUAGCUCUAUGAGAAGGUUGCAAUCAUUGCCCCCUAUUGCUUUUAAGAAUACAUUUAGAGCUGCAAGAAAGAGGGACAGAUCUCCUAGUCCUACUCCAUUUAAUAUUCCGGUUCCUAAAUCGGCUGAGACCAAUGAUCAGGAAGACUAUCCUAAUGGAUCACUUGAUUCAUAUUGGAACCAAAUCAAAAAGUUAGAUGAAAAAGUUAAAGAGAUUUCAGAUUGCAAAGAAUCUGGAGUUGAAAUAUGUCCAAGACCAAGGAUUAGAAGAGGGAGAUCAUGUUCAUUGUUAUUACAAUUAGGCAGUCCAGCAACCUCUGAUCAAACAGAUAAAGUAAUCUCAAGUAGAGCGAGUCGUCAUGGAAGUACAAACGAUAGAGAAUCGGUUGCAAGUGUCUCUACCUUGGUUAAUGUUCAUGAUGUAUUUGAAGUGCCACAAGCUAGUGAGAAAAAGGUUUUAGAAGCAGAUAGCAGAUUAACAAAACCAGAUUCUUUGUCUGAUGAAAUUGUAGAAUCAAAUGUUAGACCUGAUAUAGACAAGAGAAAGAGCAAGAUUAUUCCACAAAAGCCUAUUUCCAAAGAUAUGAAGACCAUCAUUCGGCAGAAAAAGGAAGAGAUGGAUGCUGAAAGCAAUGCGUCUCGAGCUGAGAUUCAAAGGUUGCAUCAGAGAAUCGAACGGCUCGAGAGGGAAAGAAUGAAUCCAAGGCCACAUGAAGGGGAUAAAGAAGAACAUUUGAGGUUGUUGAAGGAGAUAUACCAUCGAAUCACUUUGAUUAUGUCCGAGAUAAAGUCUAUCAAAACUGAAACUCCUCCACCUAAGAAUGUGCCACUGGAUCCUCUUCAAGAGGCAAUGUUAUACUUUUGGAUUUGAUCAAGGUAAUUUACCAGAAUGACUUUCUCAAACAACCGAUCGACUCAGUUUAUCAAUUAGUACAGAUGAUUUUGUCCACUGAGAAGAUUUUGUGAUAUGUGCAGUUAGAUUAGAUUUAUUAAGCUGAUUUUUUUUUGUCACUGGAGAAGAAUGUAAUCCUGAUAUGUUAUUUUGUAUACUGAGGUUGAAAUCCUUUGCAAAGUGCAAACUUUAUACUGUAUAAUGUUCUUUUGGUCUCUAUAA